AUGGCAGCGGCCAAUGCAACAUCACCUGCCUUACUUGUCAGCUGGGAACUUUAUGACACAAUCUUGUUUACAAUUGAUCUUGUGAUUCUCCCGUGUAUCAGUGUGUUGGGUAUAGCAGGCAAUGUGACUGGCAUCAUUGCACUGGCACGAGAGGGAUUUCGGAAAUGUUCCAAUGUAUUGCUUUUUUCAUUGUCUAUUUCUAAUCUUAUCUACUUGAUUGGUGUGAACAAAAUAUUCGAAUAUAUUUAUACAAGCAGGAACCCAAGUGGAUUCUACUUCUCUGAAGCUGUCAAUUACACGUGUUAUAUUCUGUAUCUAGUAUGGGGUUUAUUAUCUUCACUAGGAGGACUGACAUGUCCGCUUAUUCCUCUUCUAAUAACUGUCGAACGUAUAUUAGUAAUAUUCUACCCAUUCAAAGCGUUUCUGAUUUUGACUCCCCGCCGAAUAAUAAUACUACUUAUUUGUGUCUAUGUUCUAUUAACGAUUUACAUGUUAGGUACCUUAUUAACGAUAAUACAGUUGAAGACGUAUGUCAUAAAAAAUGUCUCAAAAGCCGUAAUUGUCAGAAGCGAUCUGCUGAGAAAUCCCAUUAUCGACGAUCUUUUUACAUUCUUAAGGGAUUUAACUAAUUACCUGACAGGAAUAAUUCCACUGUCCCUUAUAACAGUAGGCUGUGGUAUAAUUGGGCUCAAGAUCAUACACGUCACUAAAAGACGUCAAAAGCUGACCUCCAAGCAAAUCAAAGCUAACACCAAACACGGCAUAACAAAGACAACAAAAACUUUAUUGAAGAUUUGUCUACUGUAUAUUCUGUGCUAUGGUAAUAUGUUUUUUCUUAUGUUAGUUGUAGAUAGUGAACUCUUAAAAAACGAAAGGCCACUUCAAAAUGUUUUGAUUCGCGUUCAAGAUUUGAUAAUAUCUAUAAACUGCCUAGGAGACGUUCUUAUUUACAUUGCAUCAAACAAGAGUUACUGGAAGUCACUUACUGUGUGUGCUUAG